ACCACAGAAGAAGGAUCAAUUCGCAACACUCAAAAUCUCGGGCGGGAACUGGCAAAAGCGGUUCAUUUUUUUUUGUUGAUUGGAGAAUUUAAGUUUAAACCGAGUUGGGCAGCUUGGUGAAAACGCAACAACAUUAAACCUAACUAGCAGCGUUUAUUACCUUUGUAUAUUUGGGGACAGAGGAGCAGACGGUACGGGAGGAUGAUCGCUAAGGGACAGAAGCGCAAACUCCAUGAUGAUGAUUUUUUGGGGGGCAUGUGCAGCGGCACCUGGGAGAGCCAGUGUCAGUCAUUGCUGGACAUCUCCCUCAACAAGUACUACCGUGGGCAGGAGCAGGUGGAUCACAGUUUGCGCCGCUCUGUGUUAAUAGCCAACACCCUGAAGCAGAUGCAGCCAGAGAACAGGCCAUUUCAUGGGUCAGUUAACCUGGCAGGACCUGUUCCAUCCAUGGUCCCACUUAAACCCUUCAGUAACCUUGAUUCUGGUCCCGGUGUUGUAAUGAAUGGUCCUGUUAGUGUAGACGACUUGGAGCAUGAAUGGAUGUCCUCAGAAAGUGACUUCUCCCUGUCGGCUACUGUGGGCUCCAUCCUGAAAGAUCUAGAUAUGACCAUUGACGGAGGGCCUCAGGGAACUCGCAGGACACCUUUUAGGUCCAUAGAUAACCUACCUGAUGUUGGUCGCCAGCAAGCCACCUCUGGGUACUUGAGCUCUGAGUGGCGCCCUGAAGGGUGUAGAACCUCUGAGCAGGUUGCUCUUGGUGGCGUGGAGGUCAUGCAUUCUAGCUAUGUGCAGGAUGGGACCCUGGGUGACCUUUUCCAAGACAUCGACACAUCUGUACUUGAGAGGGAGAUGGGGACCCUUGGGGUCCGAGCUGACUCUGGUGUGGCCCGUGAUGAGCUGCUGAAGUACUUACCGUCCCUGACCUCAGUUCCAUCCACUUCACCCUCUGUGUUCUUCAGCCAGAGCUCCAGGGACUUGAUUGAACUAGAGCACAUUAUGGAAAUACUGGUCAAGUCUUGAUCUCUGGAACUUUGAAGAAAUUACAUUACAACCAGCACAACACAUUGGUGUUCUGUGUUUUCGUAGCCAGGCAAACUCCAUGUUUUACAAUGGGGAAAAUGUCUGCUUUUAACACAACCUUUUGAAAUUAUAAAGUGCGGGGGGUGCCCCGUUCUGUGUCCGGGGAGAUAUUGUGGUUUACAGUCUUGGUCAGGGAUUUGCUCUAGCAAAUAUUAGGUUACUGGGGAGAUACUCUUAACCACUCUAUCUGGUGUCCUUUGUAAAUGUUUUCUAUGGGUGCUUAAAUGUAUUUUUACAUUAAAGAAAACAAUGUGAAACUCUAAUGCGAUCACGUUAGCCGCCUGUCAAACCAAUUGUAAAACAUGAGGUUUUGUUAGCUUGGCUGGUGUUGUACACUCAGUCACUUGGUUUAAUGACUGAUGUACUGUACACAUGAAGGACACAUUUGAGUAAGAUACUAGCUUUUAGUUAUUAAGUAGUGUUGAAAUUAGGGAAAUUAUAUUCCCUAGGCCUAUAUCAACAUAUUUAGCUCAUAUUGUAAACUGUUCCUAAUCAAAUGUUUCAAAGUUGUUUGGAAUAAUGUCCAUUGAAUGAAUGAAUUGGCAGCACUGACUUAAAUCGUUCUGGGUUACAGUUCCCAGAGUACCAUUCAACAUUACAUUCUUUGGUGCGAUGAUGAGCUUCAAUCAUUAGGAAAUACAAACAUUACCUCAGCCCGAGAGUCUCAAGUGUCAUCUCGCUUACCAACUCUUCAAUAUCAGGUAAUACCAAUUUGAGUCUGCAGGAAUUCCUUCAUAUAGACUGCUGACCCAGUUUUAUAUAGCCUUUGUGUUAUAGAUGAUGGCAACCAUUGCAGGCACAAUUUAUCAUCUAGCAAAUCCUCAAACAGAAGGCUAGGCAUUGUAGUAUUUUAUAUUUGUAUCAUUCAUUUUAGCUCAAAUCCCUUUUUUUCUUUCAUAGGCUUUAAGCUAGGCCUUGAUGUUUUGCAUUACAUAUCUAAUGUUGGCUACCGUGCUGAAUUAUGCAUUUUAACUUAAUUUUGGUGCAACUGCUGUAGCUACAAUGCUAUGUUCAAUGUCCCUGAUAUGUUGUGUUCAGGUACCAGAUUGAGAAAGCAGAUAAGUAAUCCAUGAUUUUCCUGUUACAUAGAUCUUUGUAUUCCAUGCAACACCACUUCUUGAAAUGUAUAUUAUGUGGUCGUUUGUGGCAUUUAAAUGGCCAGCCACUCACAGUUCAACUAAUGGUUUAUUCAUAGGAACUAUAUUUAAAUUCCUAAAUACUCUUGAUGUGAUCUUGAUGUUUCACAAAUUAUAUUGUGUGCCUUUCGGUUUAAUGCCCAGAAAGAUGUUGU